AGGUCUCGACGGAGGAAAACACAACACAGUAGGCGCUUGAAUUCAGUUUUCCUAUAUCUGUAUACUAUUUCCCCACAGCAGUGCUGCCCUUUGUACGUGCGAGUACUCGGCCCUCCAGCUGAAGUUGUUUGUGCAAUCAAACCCAUUCAUUUUGGCUGUCGGCUUUACUAUUCUUCUGUUUUGUUUGUAUCAUAAGCGUCUAGUCAACGCCUCUCACACGCAAUGAAGGUGCACAUCAAGUGGUUUCUUACGGGCAAGGAUACGGUGAUUGAGGACAGUGAUGAGAUUCUCUCGCCCAGCUCGACCAUUGCGGAGCUGAAGGGACUCAUUCAGAUUCGCUUCGGAUUCUCCUCGAAGGAGCUGCUGCUCAUGCGGGAUCACCUGCUGGAGAACUCCGUCACGCUGCGCAGCCUCGGCAUUACGGGCUCGCCGUCUGACCCCGUGCUGACGGCCCACGUUGUGCGGGAGUCGGAGCUGGAGGCGAGCAACCUCGACCAGGACGACACGAGCCUCGACGACAACCUGCAGGAGUUCUCGCACGCCGACUUCAUUCUCGCCAUGAAGAUGCUGGGCAAGGAGGUCGCCGUCACGGACGAUCGACUCGUCGCGAUGCGCCUCAACGCCCCCCGCCAGCGGCCCGCGUUCCUAAACGCACGCAAGGAGGGCGAGGGGGCGGAGGCGGCCGCCAACGGAACGCCGAAGCCGCCAACGGGGAUGCCGGGCUUCGGGGGCAACGUGGCCGUCUACGACCCCAAGAAGACCGAGGUCUACCAAAUCCUCGCCAACGUGCAUUACGGCCCGCGCAAGGAGGGGGUGGACUCCGACUACGCCAUCACCUACCCGGGCGUCGAGGAGCCGUUCCCGUUCUGGGACAUGCGCACCCCCGACGUCUUCAGCCACCUGGAGGUGCAGUGCUCGCCGGGUGAAUUGUGUGUCGAGCUCUUCUACUUUGGUGAGUUCGCGGCGGUGAAGGAUCCAGAGAGCUUCCUGGCAUUGGUGCGCCAGAGCCUGGAGUCGAAGGCCGGCGUUCGCCCGCGCACCCCGCUGCCGCUGCGGGAGGCGGGUUGCAUGUACCCGUUGAUUGCCUGCCCCGUUGUCCUGCACGAAAUGGACGCGAUGGAGCUCGGCGACAUCUUCUUUGAGGAAUUUGGCAAAGUAAGUGUCAAACGCCCCGUCAUGAACACCAACGAUGAUGCGGCGGCGGUCGGUGGCGGGUUGGUCGGCUGUGGGCCCCAGUAG